GUAAUUCAGUUUUACUACAAUAAUUAAUUGAACCAUAAAAUUGCCGUUGUUUUCUUUCCGGAGUAUGACAAAAAAUUCACUGACACCCAUACAUCUACAAUAAAAUAAUUUAUAGUUUUAUCGGCAGUCGAGCAAUGUUAAGUUUAAAAUCAUUUAUUUACCGACUGAAUGUGAAGUAGUAUGUGCUAAGUCUGUAUUCUGGAAGUUUUCGAAGAGGUAAUCAGUUCGCUCAUCUCUUAAUUUGCAUUGAAGACAGUGCUAAUUACCCAACUAUGGACUCUCGAAAUCUCUGCUACAAUUUAUCUGCGUCUCUUCUGAAGGUUACGUUACAAUGAGUUUCAACACCUUGAGGAAUUAUUUAAUAGAAAAGUGCAUGGUACAUUGCUAUUUUCGAGGACAUGAACACCACGUUUUUGUACUAGAAAUAAGAUGAUAGACCACAUGCCUGGUUCAGUGUACAAAGUUGUUAUUAUUUGUGGGGUUUCGUUGAUGUGCUUCAUUCCUGUUCUAUUCUACAACAAGCAAACACUCACGGAAAAAGGCUCUAUAUUUUUUACAGUGGACGACGAUGAUUUUUCGUUUAAUAAUUCCAAAUAUUUAGUUUCUACUCCCAAAUGCAAAAUCCCCGACUUAGACCCGUUCGACCCGAAAGUUCGCAAGUUCUACCAUCCCGAAAAGUACACCCCUUGUAGCAAACAAAUCUUGUUAACUUAUGUGACGAAAAUCGACAAUAUCGCAACUCUCCACAUUGACUCCGACGUAGUUCCGUCCUAUACGAAAAACAACUUCUCCUGUUGCUACUCCAACAUCACUCGCCAAGAAAACAAGAACAACCCAGACGACAACAUCAAAAUCACCCCAUGCGUCGCCUUUAAAGACAACGUAACCAUCCACAACUUCGUCAUGGUCAAAUGCAAAGACAUAAAAACCGGGAAGAGAAUCUACGAAAACACACAUGCAGUGAUAACAAUGAAGAAAGAAGUGAAAAGGAAAAUGGACGUGUUUAACAAUAACACCAUUAACCCCUUCAGUGUGUUGUUUGUUGGUAUUGAUAGCAUAUCCAGACUUAAUCUUUUAAGAAGUUUGCCCCUAACACACCAAAUUUUGGUGGAUAAUGAAUGGCUGCCUCUGAAAGGUUACAACAAGAUUGGAGAUAAUACUUUUCCUAAUGUGAUGGCAAUUUUGACUGGGUUCAACGAGAGUUAUGCUUACUCCAAAUGCGAUCCCAAAAAGUUGAAUAAGUUAGAUCAUUGUCCUAUGAUUUGGUUCGAUUUUAAGAAGUUGAAUUACAUCACUGGGUACGCUGAAGACGAAGCUUGGAUUAACACGUUCAAUUAUAAGAAGAAGGGGUUUACGGAGCCUCCGACGGAUUAUUACUUCAGACCUUACAUUCAAGGAUCUGAGAAAUUAAAAAUGAUAAGAAAGAACGAAAUGAACUACUGUACAGGUCCUGAAACGGCCGGGGAAAGAAUCUUGAACAUAGCAAGAGAUUUCGUUCUCACCUUCCGAGAUUAUCCCACCUUUUCCUUCUUUUGGAUGAACACCUUCAGUCACAACGACAUAAAUUCUCCAACUGGAAUGGAUUCCAAAAUUAAACAUUUCUUGGACGAGGUGAGUUCGAGCGGUGUUUUAGACAACACCUUCGUGAUUUUUCUAAGCGACCAUGGGAUGAGAUUCGGGGAGAUCCGUUACAUGCCCAUCGGAUGGCUAGAGGAGCGGUUACCUUUCAUCUACAUAUCCGUGCCAGAGCGCUUCAAGAGACAGUUUCCUGUCGAAUAUAGAAACUUGGAGGAAAAACGCCACCAUUUGACGAAUCCAUACGAUCUACACAUGACUCUACAACAUAUCUUGGUGUUAUCAGGGUUUAAUUAUACGAUGCGAACCAGCACAGCUUGUCCAAAGUGCAAGUCUUUGUUCAAGGACACCGAUUUUGAGAGGUCCUGCGAAGAUGCAGCCAUCGAGCAGCACUGGUGCACUUGUGCUGGUUACAGUCCUAUCAGUCCAAACAACAGGACGGUUUUAGACGCAUCAGAAUAUAUCAUAAGCCAAAUACAAGAAAUCAUUCAUGCCAAACGUAGUGAUUCUAAAUGUGCCAAAUAUAAUGUAAACAAAAUAAUCGCUUCUAGUAUUUCGGAAACUUUUACUUACAAGAACGAUACAUACUUUUUACUGGUGAUUGAAACACAGCCAAAGGCCGUUUUUGAAGCCACAGUUUUGUAUAAAAAUGAAACCAAGGACGAGUUCUUGCUGCAAGGAGGGAUCAGCAGACUCGACAGAUACAGUUGGCACAGUCGAUGUACGGAUGAUGCUUAUUUGAAGAAAUUUUGUUACUGCCGGUAAUCAUUGGUUCAAGUGCCUCAAGAUUUUUAUUUAUUUAUUUUUAUCAAAAAUUCAACGAAUGUAGCAACUAGAGUAGAAGUUUUUGUUGUAAAACAUUUAUGUUAAAUUACGGAAAUUUAGUUUGAAUUUUACGUUCAAACAAAGUGCAGCAAUACUAUUUAGCAAAUGAUUUUGUUUUUAUAAAACAGUUAUUUUUACACUCGUUUUAACGAGAUUUAUCAGUAUAUUGUUUCCGUAUUGUAUGAAAAUCAAAAUAACAUGUGAUAUUAUUGCAUUUGGUACAAUAAAUAUUUUCUAGUCAAUGCAUUU